AGUUCUAAAAUUCAAAAAAGUGAAGGAAGAUGGAGAAGGAAUAGUCAUUUUCUGUGUGCCCAACACUCUUUGCAUCAAGUCUUUCACAUACUCGAUCAUAUUUAUUAAUAAUAGUGCUGCCACUCCAUAAAGACAACGCAGAAGAAAGAAACCCUUGCAUUCUUUCUUCCAUUGCUGCUCCUAAGUAAUCAUGAGUCUUUGUGCCAUCAUUACUAUCAAAAGCCUCUCUCUCUCUCUCUCUAUUUCCUUUUUCAUUUUUGUUUUCAGAUGAAAAUACAAUUUCCCAGCUAUAUAAUUCUUGUGUUUUCACCCCAGUUGGUGCACACACAACAAUCAUCUCUUCCUAUUCCUAGCUCUCUCUUUUAUCCAAGUUUUUUCAUAGAACAAAAGUUUCUCUUUUUUUCCCGUUUCGAUCUUAAAACAUGUGGGUUAACUCUUCUGAACGUGUGUGCAAGCCACGACAUAAUGUUCGUGUUCGAAGACUCGACAGGUUGAGAAGAUUAAGGAAAGGAGAGGGGACAAAGAAGACGGUGGUCAGCAUUAAAACAGAUAUGCAAACGAAGAACUUGAAACUAUACGUGGAGAAUCAAAUCAUCAUAGAAGAAAACGAGAGGCUGAGAAAGAAAGCAUUUUUCCUUCACCAGGAGAACCAAACACUAUUGGCUCAGCUACAAAAGAAGUUGUCUAAUACCCAGAAUCAGAUCUGAGAACCAUGAAAAUACCACCUUUAAUUUAUACAUACAGAGAAAGAGAGAGGAAGAAUUAGAGGGGGAGAUGUUUCUUUGGUUAUUUGUUGUUUAUCUUUGAUUUUGGAGCUUUAAUGGGUAUAUGAAUGAUGGUGUACAACAUAGAGUUUAGCAGCUGUAUGUAUGUUAUUUUUACGUCUUUAAUUUGUUGGGCACUCUUGAAUGAAUAAUUAAAUGUAUGGAUACUUUUUGUGUA